GAAAGAAAACGCUACAAAAAGAAGCCGAUUAAUUUACCAGAGAUAGCUGUGCUAAUUAUGGAUUAAGCCGUUCGAUUGAAAAUCAUAAAAUCAAAUAACAACAAUCAAAGAAAUAUUUGGAUUUGAUCCAUAAACAGAUUUAAAGAUUUUGCAGUGAAAAUACCAAUUCAAAAAUGGGAAACACUAACAGCAUGAACAACAUGUCAAUGCUCGAUCAGAAAAGAUAUCAAGCGGAAUUUUUACGAUACUCGCAAAUACCGUACGAGAGUCAAUAUCAUCAGCAACAGAGCAUUCAUGCAUCAAACAUGAAUCUUCAUCAAUUCAACAAAUACAAGGAAGCGGUUGCAAAUCCCGUUAAAGUUUUACCUGACGUCAAGUUCGAACCAAAACUGAGGACAACGAAUAAUGGCGCAAUAUUACACUCUGGUGGAACGAUCAGUGGAAGAAAAGAUUCCGAUUGUGGCUUGCAUCGCUCAAAAAGUAUUUCUGAAACUCAAAAUACUUACCUGAGUAAUCCAAACGGGAUGCCAGCACCACCUCCACAAUUCCGAAUGCAAAGAGCUUCAACGCAAUUGUCAAUCAAUCUCAAUCAACCAUUGCGUGUGAAUUUAAAUAAAAACUUUGGCUCAACACAUGACUUGAAGUCGGCUGACAAUAAAAGUGUUGAAAAGCGACAACAAGAGAAACCUCGUGAGGUGAAGAAAGGUCGAGCACCGCCUCCGCCAGUUACCAAUCAAAAUAAUAAUAGAAUAAGGAUGACGCCACCACCAACAACACAAGCUCCCGAUCCACCAUUAUCUAAAACGAAAGCAAAAGUUCCCAUGGGGCAACGACUCUUUGGUGACACUCUGACAAAGAACCAUCAAAAUGCUGUUCGAAGCAUCCAACAACAACAACCGAAUGAAAGAGUUUCUCCAAUGAAACCAAAAGCAGAAAUGAACAGACCAACAGUAUCAAAAAUCAUUCCUUCUCCUACAAAGCCAACACAAAUGCUUAAAGUAAAUCCCACAUCUUACUUACGACGAGAAAGAACAUUUGACGUCACAUUAAUGCAAAAUGAAAAUAGGGAAAAAUUCAGACCGAAUUUCUCUCCACAAUUUCAAAGAAAACAAAUGAAUGAAUCAUCAAAACCAGUUGAGUUAAGACAAAUGUCAACUCAGGAAAGAUAUCGAGCUAGUGUAGCAACCAACAGAUCAUCAGCAGUUCCACAACAAUUUAAGUCUGAGCUUCAGAGUGCCACAAAAAUUCGUCGAUCAUUGGCUGGUACCAAUGCUGAAAAGAUGAGAACCAUCGAUAAGAAGCCAUUGAAGAAACCAAGCCCAGCGAUCGAGAAGCCAACGCUCGAGCACAAGAAGUCGUCUGACAAUAGUGCCAUCUCAAAUCCAACAGUGUCAGCUUCUUCAUCUUUCAAGUUUUCUAAUCCGAAGCAAUACAAUGCCAAGGAACCGGAAAUUGUGCAAUAUCAUCGUCAUGGUGAAGAAAUUCUUCCAUCAAACGAUGCGAAAGAAUCAAACGUAAAAGAUGAAAAUCAAGAUGCAAACAAUUUUUAUUUUGGAAUGCAAGAAGCGAGCGUCGAUACUGACAAUGAAGAUGAAAUCAAUGAAGCUGAACAAGCUCAAAUGGAAGCCAUAAAUAGAUUUGCUGAAGAUAUCUUUAAGAUGAGUAGUCGUGGUUCGAAUUAUAUGCCCAAUAGCCAAGUUUCUCCUGAAUCUGUAAUCUCAGAUCGUGAAUGUGACUCUGAUUCAGAUAUUUUAUUAAGUCUACGACCAACAUUGCCUCGUCGUCAACUUCAAAUUCCACGUUUCAGUCCCGUUGCUGCUUGGAAAUCAUUGCUUGUUGACACAAAUUUAACUGAAGCAAAGAAUAACAAGACCAACUCAAGCUUACUUCAACUUCAUGUUGCAGUUGAUGAUCAAAGACAAGAAACUAAAAUUGAAAGAAUUUAUCGUGAGCCAUCAUUCAAUCUUCAGCAAUUAGAUAAUAAAAGUGGAGACAGUGGAAUUUCAGCAGACAAAGAAAUUGGUGGAAAUAGUCCCGACAGUCAAAUGCCGCAAGCUUAUUUAAUUUUACAGAAAUUCCGAAAGACCGUUGCUGAUGCUUUCGGGUCGAUCACAAAUGUUAAUGAUAACAAGAUUCAGAUACAGAAUUAUGGAGUAGACAGUAACUGGUUAUUAAGUUCACAACCAAAUUCUAUUGACGAGUUUGCACAGCGAAAGGAAGGCGAAAGAACUCAAAUAAUUUCACAAAUGACCAGCGGCAAACAUGUUAUGUACUUGCCAACAAAUUUUGAAGAUGACCCGAAGUUUGAGACGACAGUUCGAUUGUCAUCAGUUGAACGCGAGACAUCACCGACAUAUAAGAAUCAUGAUGAUGAUGAAGAACAAUUCCAAACAAAAUUGAAAUCAAAGAAUCAUAAAUUCAAAUUUCAAAGCACAAUUCGUCAAGUUGAACGAAGAAAAAUUGCUGAGAAACUUUCACGAGAAGCUGAAGAAAAGGAAAUGAGAAGAUUGAGUGAAUUAGAAGCGAUGCAGAAAGUGGAAGAAGAAUUUCAACGAAAGCGUGCUCGUGAGAAGAAUAUGAUUCGACAUCAGUUGAGAAUUGCUUCGCUUGAAGAAAGUUACGAAUCGCAACAUGAUCAUGUUGGAAGAUCGAACUAUUACAAUGGAAAAAAUUACAAUGAACAUGAUGAAGAUGAAACUGACACACGAACGCCUUACAUCUCACGAAUCAUUGAAGCGAAGAGUCCAAAAGUCAUCAGCAGCCAGUAUAAAUCUUAAGAAUCGUUUAUUAUCCGGUGAUUCUAGUCAACACGACGCAGAAAUAAAAUUUCAUCAGCUGACAAAUUGCUGCGCAAAAAUUUAAUCUUUUACCGCUCGAUUAAAAAAAAAUAUUAAAAAAUCAUUUCUCGAAUAUUAAAUUUGUAUAAAAUAUAAAAAGAAUUAUAUUACUUAAUUAAUUGUUGAAUAAAAAUUUAUGAAUAAACAUGUAUCAAUACAGAA